UUGACAAACAUACCGUAUAUUCCAUGUAUUGAUUUAGUCGAACAUAUACGGAAUUAUCAUUGAAAGAUGAAACGAAGAAGAAAUAUUAUGUUACUUUUAAUAUUAUUUCUCCUUCUGUUUGGUUAUGCUAUCUUACAAUCCAGGAGUAAGAAAAGGGACGUGAAAGAAGCAGAAGCUAUGUUAGAUUUUCAAUAUAUACGGAGGGGCGAAAAGAGAAAUGAUUAUGAAGUAAAUCGACGUCAUUCACACAUUGGGUCUGAAAAAGACAAAACAAGCGUUUUCACUAACAAUCAUAAAGAAAACGUCAUCGCCUCCGGUGUCAAUGUCAAGCAAAACUUUGCUGAAAGAAAAGAGCAAGAGGUCAAGACGAUCACCACCCUUAAAGACAACGACCCUGAUAAACUGUAUAAAGAUAGGAGAGACAGGCUUCUUGAAGUCUGCUCAAGGCAGCAGUUCGAUCUCAAAUCACCUCCAGGGGUCUUGUCACGAAAUAUUAUUGACCGCCGGCAAAAGUUUGCUUACUGUACAAUUCAGAAGACAGCUUCAACGUUCUGGAAAAGAGUGUUUCGGAUCGUCAUCGGGGAGUCUAAGGCAAGUUCACCUUUCGAUCCAUCAGUUUUAGCACUUCAACAUUUUGAUCAUUUGAAGGACAUACCGAUAGACUUGAGGGAGAAUUUCAUGAAGGAAUCACUGACGUUCCUGUUCAUCCGUGACCCGUACAGUCGUCUAUUUUCAGGAUACGUUGACAAGCUUUUUUCACCUAAUUAUGUUUUCUGGAAGGGGUACGGAAAAUUUGGGAUUGAACAAGUCCGCACAAAUCGCAGUAGAAAUGAUCUCACAUGCGGUCAUGAUCUCAGUUUCAGAGAAUUUGUAAAAACAGUUAUUUAUACAGAAAAACACAAUACUCAUAGAGACGGUCAUUUUACAGCACAAUAUGAACAUUGCGAUCCAUGUAAGUAUAAGUAUGACGUCAUCGGUAAACUUGAAACCCUCGCGCAGGAUACGUUUUACCUUUUAAAGAAAAUGGGAAAAUUUACAUUAAUGAAAUCGGUCAUGAACAGAUUUCAUGAAAACACUUUAGAAGAUACUAUUAGAGACCAGGUAGAUAUGUUAUUCAGAUUUAGGUCUUAUUAUCCUCUUUGUAAAGUCACAUUCUUCGAAGCUCAAAAAUUAAUGUGGAAAAAAUUUCAAAUUCGUGGAAUAUUGAGUAAACACUCGAAAUAUCCAGUUACUAAAGAGGAGAGUGAAAGAAUUACAAACAGAGAUUUUACACGUAUGUUGUACUUAGGCAGAGGAGACGCUGUGGAUAGGAAUAUAUCUAAGAAGAACAAGGAAGAAGCUGUGCUUGAGGCAUUUUCAACGGUAGAUAAAGAAGAUAUGGAGUUAUUGAGUGAACUGUUCCGUCCUGACUGCGAACUGUUUGGUUAUGAUUGUAGGCCUGCUAAGUUAUUCAAAAUAAAGGAGGUUAUCAAACCGUGGUAUUUUGAUAGCAACACAGCAUAAAACAUGUUAAAACAAUUUUA